AGUUAUUUCCUUGAAAGCAAAAAUCCUGCAAUUAUCUCAUCCUUUCUCUUUCCCCGUCUGAACUUGGGGCAGUACAGCAAGCCGUCCCAUGUCCUCCGGCCGUGCCGCCGGCCCCCUUUCCUUCUGCCGCCACCAACCCCUACUCUCCUGCGCAGCCUCCCUUUACCUUCUUGCCGCGGCCCCUUUUGCUCUCUCGUAGGCUGCAUCUCUUCCCACCGCCGUCCACUACCAGAGCCUACGGCCGCCUACUUGCUGGCGUGCAGAGGGUCGGGGCUUCGGAGCCUUCACCUGGACGAGGCGUACCCCCGGUGGCCGCAGCUGCUUGUACGGCACGCACGGGCCCGGAGGUAGCAGCCGUGGUGUCGCCUGCCAGGCGUAAUCGAUCCGGCGUCGGCCGGCAUCGUCGUCUCGGGUCCUCGUGCGGUGCUCCUUCCGUCCGCAGUGAGCGACUACCCACUAGAGCCAGCCUACUGUUCGUCGAUUCGGAGGACACAGAGAAGUGUUUAACCGAGAAUGAAGGAGACUUCCCAGGAUAUCGAGAGCAAGGGAAAGUUGCAGCCAAUGGUGCAAGGCUGUGAUGAAGGCGACACUGAGCAGACCAAUACAAUAGUGACUUAUGAACCUAUAGGAGAUUCUUGUUUGUUAUCAGCUGCGGAUGAUGGUAAAAAGGUUUCCCGUGAAGACAUUGAACUAGUCCAGAAUCUAAUAGAACGAUGUCUGCAGUUAUACAUGAAUAGAGGAGAAGUUGUUAGGACUCUUUCUACUCGUGCAAGAAUAGAACCUGGUUUCACUACCUUAGUAUGGAAGAAGCUUGAAGAAGAGAACACUGAGUUUUUUCAGGCUUACUACAUAAGGUUGAAACUGAAAAAACAGAUUAGCUUGUUUAACAGUUUAUUGGAGCAUCAGUACAAUCUCAUGAAGUACCCAGUACCCCAGCAGGUUCCAGUGGCUCCAACACAGAAUGGGAUUCAUCCUAUGCCUGUCAACAAUUUGCCUAUGGGAUAUCCAGUACUUCAACAACCUGGAAUACCUGCUCCUGGCCAGCCUCAUGUUAAUUCAAUGGCUGGUGGUCCACCGAACUACCAUAUAGCAAACGGAAUUCCUUAUCAUGCAGUUCGCAUGAGCUCAGGAAAUGGCAUAAUGGAGAAUGCACCUGAAGCUGCUCAUGCUGGAACAGCCUUUGGUACUUCUUCUGAGAUCGCCAUGAGUCCAUCAUCAGCAAUGUCGAGCAACCACGUUCCUUUCACUCCACCUGAGAUAUCAGGGAUGGAUGUGGAUGCAUCAGCAGUAAAUCCGACCUUUGGAGCUGAUGUGGGCAAUGUAGGGCCUUUGCAAAUAGGACUAGAUGGUGGUGACGGCUCCUCCUUAGAGCAGCAGAUCUGGGAUUUCAGCCUUUCUGAUCUAUCAGCAGAUUUGACAAAUUUGGGAGACCUGGCAGUUCUUGAGAACUACUCAGGCAACCCAUUCCUGCCUUCGGACUCAGAUCUCUUACUUGAUUCCGCAGACCAUGGCGACAUAGUUGAGUACUUCGCUGAUGACGUCGAUGGGCCUUGUCAAUCAGAUGAGGAGAAGUAAUUGCAGAUGCCUAGAUGGGCCUUGUCAAUCAGAUGAGGGAAAGUAAUUGCAGAUGCAUAGACAAAGUCACCAAGAGUCCCAUGACACCACUAAGUCCAGCCCCUACCUCUUCUAGUGUUUUUAAAGCUGCAAUCGUGUAUGAAAUCCAGCAGUCUAUUGGCCUAAAUGUAUCAAGCUGUCUUCAUAAGGUAUUAUGCAGUUUUGUCGAGACUGUCUCAAUUUUUCAAUAAGAGUGAGGCAGCUUAUCUUGCUGGCAUGAUCUUUUAGCUAAAUUUCAGAACCAUGUUCUUUAUAUUACAUGUGAUCUUUUGAUUCAUUGUAGUACCUCCUGUGAACAAUUUAAAUUAUACUGAUCUUAUUAAAUUUUGCCAAAUCUAUUUCAAA